GGAGGCGUGGGCCGCCGCCUGCCGCCGCGGGGACUCGGUGGCGGGCUGCUGCUGGCGGCUAUUUGCGUCCCCUCCCCGGUCCGGCGAUGUCCGGCGGGGGCAGUCGGCGGCGGGCCGGUCCCUCCUGGCCCAGCGCCUUCUCCCGCUUCUUCGCUAGGAGCCCCCCGCGCCAGGAGGCGGCGGCGCCCGGGCGGCCGGCGGGCGCGCACAGUUCUGAAAACAAAGGGAGCGAAGCCAUAAAUUUAAAGAGCAACCAAAAGGAAAAUACAACUCUUCCUGCACUUUUGAAGGUUUAUCCAAAUGAAGAGAAGAACCAUUCCACAGAAGAACUUAGCAAAUCUGAUAUCCAAGAGGAGCUGAAAAAGGCUAAUAGCCUUCCUAGUUUGACUCCUGGAAACAAAGCAGCAGAUAAAGACAAGCAACCCCGGGAAGGUUUUUUCCAGUUUCUUGGAAGCUUAUUUAAUCUUGCAACAAAAUCUUCUUUGGUAGACUCUAAACCAUCCUCCUGCCAAGAUGAACCCAACAGAUGUGAAAAGGAUUUACAGAACACAAAUACCCUUACAGAGGGCACGCAACCACAGCAUCCAAAAACUGAAGAGCCUGUCUGUUCUACGGCUAGAAUAAAAGAGGACUCAGUAGAUAAAGAUGACAUGAUCUUAAAUAACAUUGGGAAAGACAGUUCACAGGAUCAGCAAGGAGGCCGGAAACGAUCUGCUGAUGCGAAAAAGCAGAUACAACGAAAACCACAAGCACCUGCAGUCACUUAUGCAACAUAUCGAGGUUCUGCAAGGAUUAGGCAGCUACUGAAAAGUCAGUCAGAAAUGACUGAAAAAGGGGAAGAAAGUACUGAGAACAGAAAUGCUUCAGUGAUCAAAGAAAAUGGAGAAAUCCAAACAGUUGUCUCUCCAAAAUCAGAACCCUUAACAAAGGAAAAUGGAGAAGAUGAGGAUAAAGAUCAUGAAGAUGAUGUCAUAGUAAAUUCUUCUACAGUAAAAAUGGAAUUGAAAAAGUCUGGUAAAGUUCAACAUUACUUGGGUAGCAAUGAACAUAAAAUAAUGCCAAAUGCCUCAGCUUCACCUACUGAAUCAUCUAGCGGAGUAGACUUAAAACAUACACCAGCUUUAGAAGCAAACAAAGUUAAGAGGACAUAUUCACAAGAUUCAUUAUUGUCAUCUAGUAGAAGCAGUGAGAUCACAAUAAAUUCUACUCAUCAGAUUACCCAUGCCCUUAGUGCUGUGGACAGUUUGUUUGGAAAAGAAUGUGUACUGGUGGGAGAAACAGAAGCUCCAUUUCAGAAGGACAAAAAUGCCAUUUCUAACUGUGAAAAAGAAAUUCACUGUAGUGAUCACUCCUAUCAGCAGUCUGCAGAAAAAAUGCAGGAUGACAAAGUUAACAAAGAACUCCAGUUGAGCAAGGGAGAAUAUUGCUGUAAUCAUCAAAUAAAUAACCACUCAGAGCUAACAUCAAAUGUACAGACAAAUCAUUCCAGUACUACAUUCCAGCAGCAAGCAGGUGAGCACACAGGCAGUGCAAAUAAAAAUAGUGAUCCAAGAAAAAGUGAUGCACAGAAAAUUGUGGCAACGACAGAAAGAGAGCAAAAUCCACAGAAUUUUCUUGCUACUGUUCUUUUGCCAUUUGACGAGCAGACAUGCACCUCGCUUAGCAUGGACUCCAGAGGAGAAGAGUGCAUAGUCACAGGUAAUCUGACUGCUUCAGAAUUAAUCCUAAAAAAUGAUAAAGGCCCAAUGGUGGACCAGGUGACUUGUAAUGAAGAACUAAAUGAGUUAGGGAAACCAGUGCAUGUACAAAAUGAGCAUCAAUUAAGCCUCGUGGAAAACUCUAAAGAUACUGCCGCACCACAGCGUUUAUCUUGUCUGGAAAAAAAGAAGGUUUUGUCAGAGGUUGCAGUGGAAAAUUCUGCUGUAUCAUGUACACAUGGAUGUGAAAAUGUGAAAUCUAACUUAGAUCAGCUGACAGAAUCUCUCUCUGUUAGUUUUGAGUCUUCAUUUGAAACAGGGGACUGUUACUCAGCUUCUCUUCAUCCUGAUUGCAUAUCAGUAAAUAAAACUAUAGUAAAAAGAGGAGUUGGUUCAAAAGAUAAAAGAGACAGUGUUUCUACUCCUGAUCUUGAAUGUGAAAAGAGCAAAUCUUCUGAGACUGUAGAUAUGAGCCUCUCAGAAAAUUCCACUCCUACCCAUGGUACAGUUUUCCAUAAAACUGUGCAAGACGUUACUGAAAAAUCAUUAGUUACGCUUGCAGAAGAUAACACAUCAAAGCCCGCACCUUGCCCUCUUGUCAGCACUGGAAGGACAGAUGAUACUACACCUGCUGCUUCUAAAAUCAAUGAGGCUGACAUGAAUGAGAUGGCUCUUGCUCCUUUUGAAUCUAAGAAUUGUAUUUCUGAACUUUCCUCUCACAUUUCUAAAUCACAAGAAAAAAAUCUGGGGGUUUCUGGUUCUGCCCUGAGAUGUGAAGGUAAACCUUUGCCUGACCAUUUCUCUGUCAUCUCUCAAAAAGACGUAGAUGUAGACAUUGUUUCUGCACCUCCACCUAGCUGUGAAAAUAGACAUAUUGAUAUUUCUUCCGAAGUUGAAAGCAAUAAUAAGUAUGGGAUGUCAUCCACAGUACUUUAUUCUUCAUCUGACAACCAAGGAAAAGUGCCUUCUCCUGCCACUUACUCUGAAAGUGGUCAGGUUUUUGUGACUGCAGAGUCUAGGAGAAUAGUCCCUGAGGACGGAAUGACUGAGACACCAUUUUGCUCAGAAGACCUGAGAGCUUCAUGCCCAUCCAUUUCUCUGGAACCCGAGUUGACCCCAGCUGUGCUCCAUCAUUUUACUUCUGAAGUAAAGGUGCAGGAUUUUUGCAUCCCCAGGUCCCCUUCACCUACUCAGGAAUCCAAAGAAGGCUCAAAGCUUUCUAUUUCUGCCUUGGAAACAUCAGGCAUUGCACAAGAGGACUGUAGCUCCUCUGGUCACAGAGUUGGUGUUGAGGCAGAAGAUCUGUCCUCUGCACAGCAGGCUGAUGACAAUGUCUUGGCAGAGGCAGUGCUGUCACCUGUCUGUCCCUUGAAAAGGGCAUCCAAUUCAGAGUGUACUGAGGUGUGCAAAAAUGCUGUGCAAGAGAUGAAUCUUUGUAACCAGACUUUUAGUAUCUCAGAAGCUUGCUCUGAAACAGGUGAACAAACAGCUGCUGCAGCUACAGAAUCAAAUGAUCUCAAUUUUGCAAAAAUAUGGAAGAAUACUAACAGGGUGGGACAAGACUGCACUAACUUGCAAGAUGCUGCUCUUCUGUUUAAGAAAGCUGAGGAAAUAGUGGACUCGGUUUUACACUUGGCUAUAGAGGAAAUAAUAGCAAAACAAGCCGUUGGUGUCUGUCAAGUCUGUGGGCGAAAGGAUAGUUUAGUAAAUACAGAUAUUCUAAAUGAUCAGAAAACUGUGCAGCUGGAAGCAGAAGAAAUCCAGUCAGCUGUUAAAACAUCCAGUCAGCAUUCGUUAAAACAUUUUAAUGAGAGCAGUGGAGGAGGCUCAUUUUCAUUUACAGGAAAUGAAAUGCAUGAUACAAAUAAUCAAGAUGAAAUGAUACCAUCUUACAUCCCUGCUAAAAUUGACCUACAUAGUGCACUGGCAUUAAAAGCAAGAGAAAUAAUUGAUGAAGUUAUUAACUCAGCCAAACAAAAACUGACAUCCAAUCAGUGGCAAGGCAGGGAGAGUGAAAAGCAUUCUGAAAAGAUUGAGUAUAAACCUAAAGCUGAAAACCCAGAGAUUUUAAAUCUGGAUGGUAAUUUAUCUUCUAAAACACCGGAACUAAUCAGAGAACCAACAGGGAAGGCAGAAACUCAGAAUACAAGUAUAAACUGUGAAAAGGCAGUUUGCUCAGGUCCUCCUUUGCUUUUAAAUAGUACGGAAAACAGCAUAGAUUUGCUCCGAAGAGAUGAAGAUAUACCAAAUAAUGCAUUUGCAUGUCAAACAAAUGGAUUUCUAUCUUCUGGUAGUUCAAUGAGGCCAGAAUCAACCCCUAUGAUACCAACAAAAGAGGGACACGAUAAAAAGGUGUAUGAACAUCUGGCUGCAUCAGAGAUGUGCAGUAAAGCUGGAUUAUCAGCAACAAGUAGAAAAUCUGAUGUGUCUUUACAUUUAAUAAAUAGAGAUGCAGCUGUUACUGAAGAAAUAUUUCGACCAUUGCAGUUAAAUGAUUCAUGCAAUAAUGCAGAUAUGCCAGAGCUCACGUUGCUGCCAUCUGUAAAUGGUAAUUUGUCGUCUUUUAUGCCUGAUGAAGAAAGUAUCAGCUCACAAAGUGAAAACAGAGUCAAAAGGAGUCCUCAGGGUACUGUGGAAAGUAGUGCAGAGGAUAAUCUGGAUGAACACAGUGGAAGAGAGGCUGCAGAAGUGUUUUCACAAGUAAAAGCAGUCUUUGAAGAUUCAAAGGUGGGGGAGAGUGAAGAGGAACCAGCAAGGGGGACAAGUGAGACACUUGUCAAUUUUGAGUUAAAUACACAGUUCAUUGACUCUGAGUUGCCUGCUACUGGAGACCACAAUGAAGGGAAAAACUACUUCAACUCAGUUUAUGCCCAAAGUAAAGAGAAUCUGAAAGAGAUGCAAAUGAAGGAUUCAGAUGUGCAGAGAAAUGAUCAGCUUGAAGAAAAUGGUCUGGACACGAAGGAAUCGACAGAUCUUUUAGGCUUUUCUCCACUAAUUGAGCAGUGGGAAAAUAGUUCUUUUACAAUCGUUUAUGAAGAUGCCCUUCAAACUGAGAACAGAUCUGUCUCUAAUGAUGCUAUACAAACCAGCUCACUUUCUCCUUCUGAUCUGUCUUUGGACAGUGUAGGUUAUCUAAUGUGUGAAAGAGCAAAAAAUAAAAAUGAGCCCACCUGUUUUUAUGGAAAGGAUAACAAGUUGAAUAAAGCCACAGAGGGCAAUAGCUCAGAGUCAUUUCUGAGUGUGGAGGCCAAACGCUAUAGAAUAUAUCCUUUCUCUUUGUCUCCAAUAUAUGAAGACGACAGCUCCCAUGAAGACUUGCUGUCUGCAGACAUGUCACCAGAAGGCCAUCCUAAUAGAGUAUCUAAAGAUAACUCUGACCAUACUUCUGUGUUGUCCCUUCUCCAAUCAGUUUCUGAGCGCCUACAGUUGACCACUCAGUUCAGUAAAGAGGAAGAUGAGGAGGGAGUGGAGGAUGAGGAUGAGGACCGGUCAUCAUAUGAAGGAAAUGUGCUUGAUGUUGUGAGAGGAGAAGAAGAAUGUCUUUCCAGUCAGUGGUCAAGCAAUCGAACAAGAACCGUUCUCUCAAAUGACCAAAAUACAUAUCCAUUACCUGAGCAAUUGCCUUUUCUUUCAGAAGAGCAGUUUGACUCUAAGGAGCAAACAGAGCAGUUUCAAGAUGAAACUUCUGGGCAAACAUACUGCAAUCCAGUUUCACAGAAAGCUGAUACUACUCUAAAGCAUCCUCCUACGAGUGCAUAUUACCAGUACUUGAGAUCUGCCAACAAUUACUCCUCUGAGAAGGGAACAAGAUUUGGAAAUAUUCUCCAGGAUAUAUUGCAGCCAAAGAUUCGUUGGUCCCAAGAUCAUGCCAUGCCCAAACUGGGAGAAUUGCCAGUGAAUCUCGUUGACAGGGCAUGUCUCACGUACAAUCCAAGACCAGGGAAGAUUAUUAUUUAUGAUAUUCAUGGUGACAAAAGUAAACAAGAAAUUCAUUCUGAUGUGCUAGAUGCCACAUCCUGGAUCUUUCCCAUUGGAGCACUACUUAGGAUAAUUAGAGGAUGUUGGAUUUUCUAUGAGAAACCCAAAUUCCAGGGUCAGAAAUACGUACUAGAAGAAGGAGAGACUGUACUGGACAACCUUUGGGAUCUUCCAGGUGUGAAGCAUCAUCGAAGAAACCUCACAGUGGGUUCAAUCAAACAUGUAACAAAGGACUGCAGUGUUCCGGAGAUUGAGUUCAGCGUGGGAGCCAGUACAGAGGGACUUCCUAUCUGCAUACAAAGUGCAGUUGCCAAUUUAGAAGAACUGGAUGUUGAAAAAAACCCAUAUAUACGUGUCAAAUCAGGAAUAUGGCUUGCUUAUUCAGAUUUAAAUUACAAGGGGGAGAUGAAGAUUUUGGAAGAAUGCAGUGAACCAUCUGAAAUUCCUUCAGCAGAUGUAAGAUCUAUGCGUCCCUUAAAAAUGGGUGGAUUGAAGGUCCAAAUGCCUAUGAAUGUCAAGAUAAUAAUAUAUGAGAAAACCCACUUUGAAGGGUGGUCCAAAGAGUUUUCGGAAAAUAUUAAUUCUGUCUUGGCUCUGUUUGGUGAUGAAGAGGAUUUUCAGGGCAUUGGAUCAAUACGUGUCAUUGGUGGCGUAUGGGUUGCCUAUGACAAAGAACGCUACAAAGGCCGCCAGUACUUACUUGAGGAAGGAGAUUAUGAGGACACACACACAUGGGGAGGAACUGGCAGUGUUCUCCUGUCUUUCCGGUUCCUUCAGGCUGAUUUCAUAGAGUCAUCAGUGGCACUUUUUCAAUCCGAUGAUGAAGAUGGGAAAGCACUGGACAUCAUCAAUGAAGAAAUUCCUGAUUUGGAACAGACUGGAUUUGGCCCAGAAACAGGGACGAUUCUUGUGAAAAGUGGAGUGUGGGUUGCUUAUCAACAGAAAUAUUUCUGUGGAGAACAGUAUGUACUGGAGAAAGGAAAAUAUAAGUGUUUCUUUGACUGGGGAGGAUCCAGUAAAAUCAUUAUGUCAAUUCGACCUAUUAAGUUGGAACCACUUGGAACGAAUGAGCCUCCACAUUUGCUCAAAGCUUUCAGUAAUACACAUUUCCAAGGAGCAUGUAUAGAUUUCACAGCAGAAGUUUCUGAUUUCACAUCAUUCAUACCAUGUUCUUUUAAGGUUCUUCGGGGUUGUUGGCUCCUGUAUUACCAAGGGGAAAUUGAUGACAAUCAUUGUGUGCUGGAAGAAGGCCUUUACAUUGAUCUCCCUUCCUGUGGCUGCCCAACUGCUGCAAUCAAAUCCCUCAAGCCUAUUGAAUACGUUUUCGCUGAGCCCUCCCUCAGUCUGUUUGCACUGGAGUGCUGCAAGGGCAGAGAGCUGCACUUCAGUGAGCCUGUCAACUCCGUUCUGAAUGAAGACCUUCAUUUUUACACUCAGUCUGUAUGGGUGAGAAGUGGACUGUGGAUUGCAUACGAAGGAUGUAAUUUUUUAGGAAAGCAGAUUCUCUUGGAGCCCGGUGAGAUUUCCAACUGGAAUGAGUACAGUGGCUGGAAAGUAGUUGGCUCCCUUCGUCCGGUGAAGCAGCCAGCAGUGUACCUCCGAAUCAGGAACCGAGCCCAAGGCAAAUACCUGACAGUAGCUGGGAGUCUGGCAGAUGUAAGAGCAACAUCAGUGUGCGUGUCUCCGUACAGCGGCAAGGAUACCCAGAUCUGGCACUACUGUCGUGGGCUCUUCAAAUCCAAGGUUAACGAUGCCUGUCUGGAUGUCAUUGGUGGCAGAGAUGUGCCAGGGGCCAAAGUCGCACUCUGGGUAGAACAUGGGAAGGAGAGGCAGAAGUGGAGACUCAAUGAGGAUGGAACCAUCAGUUCAUACCUCAGUGACCAACUGGUGCUUGAUAUUAAAGGAGGAAAUUACUAUGACAAGAAUCACAUCAUUAUGAAUGAGCCAGAAGAGGACAAACAUUCGCAAAAAUGGGACAUUGAAAUACUGUGAGUAAAACCCACCACAGAGAUGAACCUUACGUGGUUUAUCAGCACCUGGAGGAAAAAAAAGUACUACUGAAGUCAUGCACCACUGGAACCUUAUGCAGUAAAUCCUCUGUCUUCCUUCAUUCAAAGCACCACUCCUAAGCCAAGUGAAUUUGCACAGACCUGAAGGAUGUGAGGAAGAGCUCAUGUCUUUCCCAGGGACUGAACUAUAAGCUGAUUCUUUGGAGGCCUCUUAUGAAAGUUAAUGUUAUUCUUCAUCUGAAGUCUUAAAGUAAAUGCACAAGGCUAGACAGAUGCUUUGUGGGAUAUGAACUGCAAGGGAUAAUAUGGGAAAGGCUCUUUAGAAAUACUGACAUUUCCUUUCUCUCAGAAAAUGAUGAAAGCUCAUUCUUCAGCAGGUGCCCUCAUGAGCUUCAAAGAGGUUGAGUUGGACUUCUUUAGACCAAGAGAAACAGUUGAGGCUCAAAGCGAAACUGAAUCUCAAUCCAUACCUCCUGCUAAAGUGCAAUUUAUUUUGUUCAAAGACAAAUUUGAACUGGAAUUCCCAGCUCAGUGCAUGAAAUGGGGCAAUAAAACCCUGUUACCUCCCUAUUGUUACAGGUAGGCCCUGGUCUUGUUUGUUUCAGCAAUACCUAAUUUCCAAGUUUAGGAAGUUCUUUUGCAGACCCAGGGGCUGUUUCCAACCUGUGAAUUUCUGAGUGAUCCCUGAAGAUCACCUUUAACAUGUAGGCAUAGGUGCAUCUAUCCAGAGUAUAAGCUAUCCUGGGUCAGGUUAGAUUUCUAAAAGAUUUACAGAAUUUGGAGCAGUAAUGAUUUUGCUCUAGCUGUAUUUUGUUGUCAUGUAUAUAGACUAAUUUAAUACAAUGUAAUUUGAUCUUAAAUCCAUGUCUUCCUUCAGAAGAUAACUCACCAGGUGCUAGCAGCCAGCCCUGCUUCAUGUCAGGAACAGCACAGUGGCUUUUAAAGGUUACUCAGGCUCAUCAGUGUCCUCUUAGCCCAAAGGAGGAGGUGUUAGAUCAGUGAUGACCAGCCCAACUUGCUGGCAGUUUCUUCAAUGUCAGCAAGAUGCAACCAUCCUACCAGCCCUCUCUUAAGACGGGCAGAGCACAGUACCUUACUGCACUGCAGUUGGUACAGGCUUGGAAAAGAACAUCUUCCUCAUACAGGACUGAUACAGAGGAGGAACAGCAGCCACCUGUAGGGCUGCUACUACCUGAAGUGGUGGUCCUUAGCUCACUGCUAGCUUCAUUGGAUUUCUGCGUGACUAAAUGAAUUACUUCAUUGAAUAGAUAAUAUUUUCUUUCCUAUUUGUUUAUGCAGGGUGUGUGUUUCUAUUUAAGGAGUUUAGCUAAGGAAUUUUAGUUUCCAAAAGCAAAAAGUGUUCCUGUGCACUUAAACAGGAUUUGACCUUAAAUGGAAACACAUAACUCUCAGAAAUAAAAUAUAUGGAUGUCUAUUUUUGUAUGAAAUUGAGUUCUAUAGCAUACUAUUUAAAAAUAAAGAAAUACCUGUGUACUUGCACUUACUAUUUUGCAUUCUAAAGUUAUCACAAAUCUGCUGUUACGGAACUCCCGAUGUAUGUAUAUAUUUCUACAACUAAAGCACUUGUCCUGCUUUUUUAAUGUAAAUCAGUAUAUCAAGUGUUCUCCAAGUGACUCACUUGCCAUAUGCAAUUUCAAAACCUGGUUGGAAGGUUCUGGUCUUUCAGGCUGAAAGCACCUAAAUCACGUGGGGUGGGGUCCCAGUGCUUCAUAACCAAAUAAAUCAGGCUUUUGUACUUCAGAGAUCUUCCACGCAAAAUGCCAAGCAUGUAUAUUUUAACUGUAUAAAAGUUUUUAGAAGGAA